AUGCUUAUCAGGCUUGAAACCCCUCCGCAGGCCCGCGAAUUAGAAUGGAUCGUCGUGGAAACCCACGCAAUCCUCAAGGACAUCCGCCACGGCCUGCAGGACUGCUAUGCUCUCUUGGCCCCAAUCGACCCGGGAAGCACCCUCGUCAUGAGCACGCAGCGUAACGAGCGCGUAAAGGGAACAGUAACCCGAGUCGGCACGCGGAUAAUCAAAGGAACAAUUCACCUCCAGCUCCGAACCCUCCCAACGCAGACCCUGAACCUCGAACCCUCCCACCCGGUCCACAUCGCCGCCCUCGAAACGAUCCACACCCAUCUGACAGAGUGCCUCGACCUCCUCUCCCUAACAGACACCCCGGCCCCCUCUAACAACCCGACCCAGCUCGCCGCCCAGUUGCGCAUCAUCGCAGCCUCCCUAAACGAAUCCUCCUCCCUCCUGAAGGGCCCUGCCCUGAACGAAGCCGACCCCAGCUGGCAGACCGACUCCUGCCCGCCCGUCCAUUUUGCCCCAGCCCUCGGCCCAAAUAUCAGCGUUCACCUGGGUCUCCAAGAAUCGAGCUUGGUGCUUUGGCUGCGCGCCCUCGAACCCGUUGAUUCGCCGGUACACUUCGGUACCAAGCUCGGCCUCGCCUUGGGAACGGUACGCAGGCUGGAACACGACGAGAUGGACCGGCCCUUCCGCUUCACGUACAGCACCAUUACGGACGGCGGGCAGAAGCACAGGCAUGGCACAGCGCAGUCGAGAAGCAGCGGGAGUAGCCCAAGCGGCUUGGGCACACCCUCCAGCACUGGCGAGGCCACAGAGGUUUUUGUGAGGGAGAAGGUCCGCGUCGAGAGUCUGCCCGACCCGAAUCUCAUGUCUCUGUCUGCCAAGCUGGUUGCCUUGGGUCACACGCUGGCUAGUGCUAGGAGGAACCUGGCAGCUGUCAUGGGCGAUGAAUUCGACGAGUGA